AUAUCUGUUUCACCUUCCGUCUCGCUCCAUUCUCAGUUCCAACCAACACAAGGCAAGAUGUCUCUCAAAUGGAUUAUCAUAAUUUGUGCUGUGAUAUCUAUAGUACAUAGUAAAAGUGUAAUAGUUGGCCAAGUAUAUGACCAUAACAAUUUAGUAAGGAAAGUACAUGAAAUGACUGCAGAAGCGGUUGGCAUCCCGCUGAUAAAGAGAGAACAGGAGUUACAUUUCGAUUACCCACUAGCCGAUCAGAAGAUAAAAGGCAUCGCUAUAAGGGACUUGGAGAAUGGUCUAGCUGAACCAUCGAUAACUAGAGGAGGCCUAGGAUUCGGUUUUGUUGAUAUAAAAAUAAAAAGUGAACGUGGAUCAGGCUUUAAAUAUUUAAUCGAGAUAUACGCUUAGGUAGUGAUUUUUCAUAUGUCUAAACUAAUGAAGUGCGCUCAAUAAAUAUGUCAUAUAAUGCCAAUAACAUGUAAAUUACAAUCUUGGUUAUCUGUGAAGUGAUGGUGGAUUUAUUAAACAAUAAUUAAUGAAGGAUAUAAGUUACCCAUGUUUUAUCAAAAAUUCACUCGUUUACCAAAAAGCUAUGAAGAAAACAUUUAUGUGAACUUUAAUU